AUGAAAAACUUGCUGUCUCUCGGGCUGGUUGCGCUGUUGGGUGUGAACUCCUACGGCGACGACGCCCCCGUGAUCAAUGUACUGGGCACCACCACGUUCCUGACGUUGGACCCGACGGUGCAGCACGUGCCGUUGGAUCCAUACGACCAGAGUCUGCGCCCUCCCCCGGCCAAGAUCCCGACGUCCUUCGAGAUCCACAUUGGAUCUUCAGUCUUCCGAGACGGCCACCGCUGUGGCAAGACGCUGUUCACUGCGCUGAAGCGCGCGGUCUACCCGGAGCGACUCCGGUUCGGCAUCCUAGAGCAGUUGGUGGAGGGGGACCCUACCUGCGUGGACGAGUACUGCAAGAUGGCUCUGGACGAGUGGCCGGACUACCCCGAGUGCCGCUACAAGGAUCGGAUCCAGGUGACCCCCCGACCGGCGGGUGAAGCAUCGGGCUGCACUACCGCGCGCCACCAGCAGCAGAAGAUGAUCGGGGACGAGGAGUUCUGUCUCCAAGUGGACGGCCACAGCAUCUUCACCAACGGCUGGGACGAGAUCAUGCUGGACGAGUGGAAGGGCAUCGACAACGAGAUGGCCGUGCUCACGGUGUAUCCGCACGACCUGCACGACUUUAUCAAGGAGAACGGAGACAACAACGCGCCGGAUUGGAUCCCCCACCUCUGCACCACCAUCAAGGGCGGCAAUGGCUUGACCCGGAUCGUCGGAGCCAGCAUCAAGCGCAACGCCAAGAUCCCCCAAAUGUCCGCAUUGUGGGGUGGGGGUCUGUCCUUCAGCAAGUGCCACGCAGAGCGGAAUGUGCCUGUGGAUUCCCACACUCCGUGGCUUUGGGACGGAGAGGAGUUCCUGCGCUCGGCGGACUAUUGGACGCACGGCUACGAUCUGUACUCACCCAGUCGGAUCGGCAACGUCUUGUACCACAAUUACUCCAAGAAACCCGCCAGCUUCUGGGAAUCUCCGUACGAUCCCGCCAAGAAGGCGCUGGAGAUGGAUAUGACCCACAACCGAGUGCGUCUUCGAGUAGGAAUCGACUUCAAGGGCCCAGUGGACGGCUACGAGCUCAACAAGUACAAGUUCGGUACUGCGCGCUCCUUCGAGCAGUACAUGAGGUUCGCCAACAUGAGUUUCGAAGGCAUGAUGAACGAGACCAACUCGUGCGGACAGCUGCACUGGGUGCCGUACGCUAACGCCUCGGAAGUGGAGGUGAUUGUGGGCGGCGGCUGGAGGAUGCGUCCUGGAGACGCCCCUGCUCCGGACGAAGCUGAGGACGUGUUCAGGCAACGGGCACUCAGUGCUCACGAGAAGAACGGUGCUGGGAUUGGCGACGUGGUACAGCUGAGGAAGGGCUCGAUCCAGUCUCCCAAGCCAGGCUCGUCCAAUAUGUCAGCCUGGGGACUGCUUGGCGUCGUUCUGGUCGCUCUCUUCGUGACGCUCUCGAACGACAGCAAGUCUCGCGCCAUCCGACGAAGCUGCGUAUCGAGAGCCCACCACCUCAGUCACGACUAG